GGGAGCGUAGCAAAGAAUUGGCAUGAAAUAUUUGAUUUUGUAAAUCAGCUGACGGAAAGAUUUGUGAGCCCCAAGAUGAGAUUAUCGUUUAUCGUGUUUUCCACCCAGGCACAGGUCAUUAUGCCAUUAACUGGAGACAGAGAGAAAAUCAAGAAAGGUCUUAAGGAUUUGGAGGAGGUAAAUCCAGCAGGUGACACAUACAUACAUGAAGGAUUAAAACAGGCCAACGUGCAAAUUGCGAAGCAAGGAGCCUCAAGGUUUUCUAGUAUCAUCAUUACAUUGACAGAUGGCAAGCUAGAUGGUCAGAUUCCCUUGUAUGCAGAGAAAGAGGCAAAGAAAUCCAGAGAGCUGGGAGCUAGAGUUUACUGUGUUGGCGUCCUUGAUUUUGUACAAGAACAGCUUGAAAAAAUCGCUGACACGAAAGAGCAAGUCUUCCCUGUCACUGGUGGAUUCCAAGCACUUAAGGGGAUAAUCAAUUCUGUUUUGAAGCAAUCAUGCACUGAGAUUUUAUAUUUGGAGCCAUCCAGUGUCUGUGUGGGAGAGGAGUUUCAGGUUGUUCUUAGAGGAAGCGGCUUAACCCUCGGUGGGAAAACCGAUGGUGUUACUUGUACCUAUCAAGUGAACGGAACUACAAUUUAUGAAAAACCAAAAACAGUGGAAUCUGAUUUUUUGCUCUGCCCUGCACCGAUCCUAUACAAAAGUGGCCAAACUCUGGAAGUUUUGGUGAGUUUGAAUGAAGGGCAAUCUUUCAUGUCCAGCUCAUUAACAAUCACCGCUUCGGAGUGCUCUAGUGGAGUAGCAGCGCUUAUUGCCGUUCUCGUGCUGUUACUGUUAGUGGCACUCGGUCUGCUCUGGUGGUUCUGGCCACUCUGCUGCAAACUGGUCAUCAAAGAUCCCCCUCCGCCUCCGCCAGCUCCGAAAGAGGAAGAAGAACAAGAGCCCUUGCCUACCAAGAAAUGGCCCACAGUGGAUGCUUCCUACUAUGGUGGACGCGGAGUUGGAGGAAUUAAAAGGAUGGAGGUUCGCUGGGGUGAUAAAGGAUCCACUGAAGAAGGGGCUAGAUUAGAAAAAGCAAAGAACGCUGUGGUGAAACUCCCAGAAGAACCAGAAGAACCUUUUCAUCCUAAACCACCCAAACCAAAGCCUACCUCACCAGCCAUUCAGGAAAAGUGGUAUACGCCAAUUAAGGGUCGACUCGAUGCACUGUGGGCGCUGUUACGAAGACAGUAUGACAGAGUCUCUUUGAUGCGACCACAGCAAGGAGAUGAGGUUUGUGUGUGGCGCGUGUAUCCCCUACGGUCGGCAAAAGAGGGGCAUGUUACAGCCAGGCUUUAG